UGUCCCCUCUGAAGAAAAACCCGGACUUGCUAUCUUGAAUCCCUCAAGUUUCAGUUUUGGGAUUUGAUUGCAUCUUCAAAUGGAAGGAUUAAGCGUAGCAGAUGCUAAUUUGGUAAUGUACUUACACCCCUCGAAGAGCAGGAAUGCUUCCCAGGCGAUCCUCCGUGAGCUUGGCUCUUGGCUCUUCAUGUUCAAUGAAACAUUUGAUGGUGUUUUAUUGGCUUAUGAUGUUAAUAUUAUUGAUAAAAAGGCGAAAAUUCUUUCCGGUGUUCAUCCGUAUUUUGGUCUUAAACUAAAAGCAAAUCUCCUACUAUUUUCGCCAAAACCGGAUAUGGUCAUAGAGGGAAAGGUAGUGAAGCUUUGUCAAGAAUCUAUUCAUGUCAUUGUUCUUGGGUUUUCAUCUGUUAUCAUAACAGCUGAAAACAUCCGUGGAGAAUUUAAAUAUAGAAAUAAAGACGGAGAGGAAUUAUUUGCCAGCAAAUCUCACAAGCGGCAUGUCAUAAAGGUUGGCACCAUGAUCCGUUUUUUAGUCAAGAGUUUUGACGAGGAAAUACUUCACAUCACUGGAUCUCUGACUCCAGCUCACACAGGAAGCAUUCGCUGGUUAGAUAGGAAUUCGGAGGAAGUUUCAGAAAUUGAUAGGAGUGCUACAAAGAGUAGAGAUAGAGAAUCGCUGGGGGAUAAAACUGUCGGUGAAAAAGCAACUCCCUUGAGCUACAAUAAUCACAUUAAAAAGUCAAAGAAGCGUAGAAUCGCAGAAUGAUAAUGACAUUGCUUCCCUUAACUAAUUGUAUAAGGAGAUAUCUUGUUCUCAGGUAAUACAUCGUCCCAUUCAUGUGCUCACUAUGACUAUUUGCUAAUAAUCUUUUAUCAGUGUUGAAUUAUUCUUCUGCAAAGUAAUUUUUAUAUUCAUCUAUCUAGAGUAAUCUAACCCGUGAAGUAUUUGUUGGAUUGACGAGUUGCACAAAAAACAUAAUACCUGUAAUUAACAGGCUUAGAUCGCAUGACUGCUUCCUGAUAGAAUAUUGAAUAUGCUAAGUAACUUCACCGAGUAUCGGCUAUGAAAUGAGCAUAAUCUGUUUGUCUUUACAUUCAUAUGUUUGCUUUUCUUUUAUCUCGUAUCGGAACCUUUUGACUUUGAUUAAUUUUGCUUCUUACUUCUUUAGUCUGAUACAUUAAUUCCUUAUAAUCCAAGUGCCCUGCAAGUGCAGCUUCCCAAUGCAGUAGUUAAGUACAUCUAUUUUUGACUGGAAA